AUGUGCCUCCUUUGGAAAGAUUUAUAAAUUAAUAGCCUAUCUUAGGUUAACAGAGCAACGUUUUAUAGCUUUUGUUUCGUAUCCCAAUUCUUCGUGAUCGUGUUUACGUGUCAACUCCAAAAUUUUUAUCACUUCCUUACAAUAGAUAACUUAAAAAACGUAACAAAAAAUUUAAAGUAUAUUUAACAAUAUAAAUGGCUAUUUCCCUAAUUAUAAUUGUUUAUAGUAUGAACUUUGCUCACCAAACAAAAAAUCGCGUUUCUUUAAAAUGUAUAGACGUAAAUACGUAAUACCGGCUCUGAAAAGCAAGUUCGUGAUCGAAUUAUACAACAAACGAUGUAUUUUUUAAGUCGAGUAGCUAAAGCGGUGACAAUCACUUAUUGCGGCGACAUCUACGCAAACAGUUACAAAUCAAUAUCAUGGCAGAAGAAAUCGACUUCGAACGAGAAUACUCGCCUAGCAGAUGGUCAAUACGGUUUUCGACUCCAGGAGAAGUCAUAAAGUACCAUGUAGAACAUGUCACAUCAGCCAGUUUAGCAGCGACCAAUAACAUUCCACAUGAAUUGGACAUCGAGUAUGGACCCACGCUCGGACAGAAGUUGGACAUUCUUGGGACUGACUUGCCGAAAGACGCCCCAAUCUUCGUAUACAUACACGGCGGUUUCUGGCAAAUGCUAUCUCGGAAUAUAUCCCGGUACGCAGCGGAACCGCUCCACCACGCAGGGAUUAAAACUAUAGUGGUCGGGUACGAUCUCUGCCCGACGGUCGGUCUUCAACAGAUAGUCAGUGAGGUGGAAAACGCAGCCAAAUACGUAUUCCAAUACGCCGAGAACAUGCGAUCUAGGGGAGUAUACUUCGCCGGACACUCCGCGGGUGCUCAUCUUGUGGCUAAGAUACUCUCGAAUGCAUCUUUACUCGCUAACACUCCGGGUAGCAAUCGUUUAAAAGGAGCCUUCUUGGUCUCUGGUGUCUAUAGUCUCCAGGAGCUGUUAUAUACAACGGUUAAUGAUGCUCUUAACCUCACUGACGAGCUUGCAAACACCCUGUCACCAUAUUUUGACAACUUCGCGCAUUUAAAGGAUAAAGAAAUUCGAAUAAACGUCAUUGCUGGACAGCACGAUACAUCAAGGUUCAAGAAACAGUCCAAAGAAUUUUAUGAACUCCUGCAUAAUAAAUACUCUUUGCCAAAUGUAAAUCUAGAUAUAAAAGAUAAUUACGAUCAUUUUGAUAUAGUUGAGUGCUUCUCAAACAAUAAUAAUUAUUUAAAAAUGCUGUUGAUUCAAGACAUAGAAAAAUACUUAUAAAAUAAAAUAAUAAUUGUAGAAAUAAAUUUGACUUUUAAAGUUGC